CAUCUCUACCAGCGCAACCCCACCGAAGAGACCCUGGUGACAGACACACCCACAUCGCUGGUGAUGAAGGAUUACGUAAACCACGAGCUGGUGCCCAUCCUAACAAUGGACCCCAAUGGCGCCCGCCUGGCCCCCACCCCUGCCCCCGCCUACACGCCCGCCAACACUUCGACGGGAAUACCCGGAUCCGGCGAGGUGACCACUCCCGGCAACAGCUGCAUCGCCCACGGCAGCGACCCGGGCCUGGGCUACUCCUCGCUGAGCAGUCCGCUCCUCGAUGUCCUGAACACGCCAACGGGUGCGAAUGCCUCCGGGGUCUACACACUCGCUGAGGAAACGGAACUCGAGCUGCAGGAGACGCAGGUGGACAGGGAGCGGAUCUAAGAACGCCAACGACGAAAGUAUUUACUCGACGGAUCAGUAUUAGUUAGCGGUUAGCCUUAGACAUAGUCCUAAAACCCUAGAUCGAAUCGGUAUAGUGUGUAAAGUGUAAUGACUAUUUUUUUUUGUUUUUUUUCCUGCCCCACCCCCAAAAAUUGUGGGUGUAUAUGCCAUAAGAAGAGUAAUAAGUGCGUGUAUGUGUGUGUGUAUGUAAUGGGGAGUUUUUCCCCAAUAAAAACAAAUAUGUCCCGUUGGACCAGCAAAAAGAUCGUAGCAUAAGACAAACUAUCACUGUACAUACUAUAUAUGGUAGCGGAGGCGAAGAUACAUUUCCAUAGCUCCUAAGCUGAUUGACCGAUUGUAAACAGAGGCCCCAAAUAAGAAAACUAGUCAAUGGAGUACGAGAUGCGACCCGUAUUUAAGUAAAAAAUACAAAUAGAACGGCGGAAGGGAAGAAUAACAACCGAUGGGUUGAAGAGAGGUGAUCGUUUAUAUUAAAUUACACUCUAGGGAUUUGGAAAGCUUUCAAUAUGGGCUUGAUUACUAUGCUGUGAUAAAUUGAACAUUUAUUAUUGCAUACUCCUAAGUCCUUAUCCAGUUAUUUGAAAUCCCUAGAGUUAUUCGUAAGUGAUAUUGCCAAUUUGCAUUAACCUAACGUAUUCACUCAAGUUGUUUUCCAAUUUACAAUUUGUACAACUCUUCUUGGUGGAUCACCUCCAAAAGUUUACGUUUUAAUAAUUCAUGCAACUGAGCCUUCACUUCACUUUUCAAUCAAUUCGAAACUACACUUUCUUACGGUACGACUUAAUAGAGAAAUUCCCUUUUUUAUGUGUGCAAGCAGAGAGCUCCAGAACGCAACUACAUAAUCCACAAUACCCAUACCUAAUCAAGACACAUUUUAUACGUAAAUCAAGCUUAGAACAAUUACAAAAUAUGUACUUAAUACGAAAUAAAUAUGCUACACUUAAAUAUAUAUAUAUAAAUAUA